CACCACUUUAUACUAGAUACUACUCGAACCGCAGGCCUUCAGGAACUUUGUCUUGCUCAGGAUGGGUCAAAAUCUACCACGGAUACACUCCUCGCAGCAAUGCGAGAUAAUUCAGAAGGCAAUGUAACACUUUGGUUCGUUGACACCAAGGGAGAUUCCCGAGUGAUUGCUCUUGACCAACCGAACCUCGUCUAUGGCGGAUCCUUGCACUCGCUCCGACACAGACAAGACGAGAAGAAGUUUCAAUUGGCAGCCCGUACAUACAUCAUACUCAUUGUUCGACUGCCAUGAAUUAUCAGGUCAUGUCAAAUAUCGUUGUGCCGAUUUGCAUAAGGAUUAAAGAACCAUAUCACACAUUGGCUCCCACUUCCAAGAGGGCUUAGUGCAUGCCAACCAUAGAAAGUCACCUAAAUGUAAAUACCCAAACCCCACCACUCUCCUUCCCCCACAAACAUAUAACUCCCAAACCCCAACAUGCCACCAUCGCCCAUUGCCCCUUCUCGCCAUCACUAAACCCCUCCCAUUCCCAAAGUAAAGGACACCCAAACCUUCCCACCAUGCCCGCCUCCUCCUCCUUCUUCCUCCUCUUCCUCGUCUUCCUCUCCGGGUCCUCCCUCAAUGUCGUCGAUUCGCUCACUGCCCCGUCCGAGGUCGCCGCUCUCAAGGCCUUCAAGUCCGCUGUGAAGCCCUCCUCCAUCCCCUCCUGGUCCUGCCUCGCCACCUGGAACUUCUCCGCCGCCGACCCCUGCUCCUCCCCCCGCCGCGCCUUCUUCACCUGCGGCCUCUCCUGCUCCGCCGACUCGUCCCGCGUCACCCAACUCACCCUCGACCCUGCCGGCUACUCCGGCACGCUCACCCCGCUCAUCUCGAAGCUCUCCCAGCUGGCCAUCCUCGACCUCGCCGAAAACUCCUUCCACGGCCCCAUACCUCCCUCGAUCUCCGCCCUCUCCAACCUCCAGAUACUGACUCUCCGGUCCAACUCGUUCUCCGGCUCACUCCCCCCCUCCAUCGCCUCCCUCAGGAGCCUCGAUUCUAUCGACCUCGCCUACAAUUCCCUCUCCGGGCCUCUCCCGAAGUCGAUGAGCUCGCUUGCCAACCUGAAGAGGCUCGAUCUCAGCUUCAACAAGCUCACCGGCUCGAUCCCUAAGCUGCCGGCGGACCUCCUCGAGCUGGCCAUGAAGGGCAAUUCCCUGUCCGGCCCGCUCCAGAGGAGCUCCUUCGACGGGCUGGCACAGCUCGAGGUGAUCGAACUCAGCCAGAACUCGCUCUCCGGGACGCUCGAGCCGUGGCUGUUCCUCCUCCCCUCGAUCCAGCAGGUCGAUCUAGCCAACAACACCCUGACACGUGUCGACGUCCCCAGGCCUCCCGCCGGCGCCGGCAGCAGCUUGGUCGCCGUCGAUUUGGGGUUCAACAGAAUCGAAGGUAACGUUCCCUUGAACUUGGCCUCGUAUCCGCUGCUGUCGUCACUGUCCCUCCGUUACAACCGGCUGCGCGGCGGGAUCCCGGUGGAGUUCAGCAAGAAGCAGACCCUGAGGAGGCUGUUCCUCGACGGGAACUUCCUGACGGGGAAGCCGCCGCCGGCGUUCUUCUCAGCGGCGACGGCGUUCUCCGGCAGCCUGGGGUACAACUGCCUGCAGGGCUGCCCGGCGUCGUCCCAGCUGUGCGUGCCUUCCCAGAAACCAGUCGCCAUAUGCAGACAAGCUUAUGGAGGGAAACCGAGGUCUUAGUAUGUGUCAAAGGUUCCCAGUCAGAGGAGAUUUUUUUCAUUUUUAUUUAUUAUUAUUAUUUUCUUAAUUUUUUUUUCUUUUUGUAGUUUUUAUUAGUAGUAUAAUAUUGUUUGUUCAAGCUAAAAUAUAAUAUAUUAAUAAAUAACGGGGAUGGGUUGGGAAGGGACUCUGUGUAAUAAGACAGUGGGGGGUGGAAAGGGCAAAAUUGAAUGCAUCCUUCGGAUGUAUUUUGUAUAGAAGAGAUUUUUCCUAAUGGAAAGAGUAUAGACCAAGGAAGAUGAAUUAACUUUGUGUGAAA